AUGCCUCAGGAGCUGGAUGAACAACCGCUCCGGGUAGAUCUGACAACCCAGGCUUGUGAUACAUGCCGCAAACGAAAAGUAAAAUGUCAUCUUCCCCGGCCAGUGUCUGGUGCCGCUGCCCGUUGUGGGCGUUGUGAGCGGUUAAAUCGACCAUGUACCUUUCUUAUGCCCGCAAAGGUCCGGGGCCCUAAGAAACGUCUCGCUGCAAGGGGGCACAGUCCUCAGACUCCGACUAGCGACCAUAGCGUGCGUUCGCUGCAGGACAGGGAUUCUGUACCCACUUCCUUCCGUGCAUAUCCCACCGAUGAUAUCUGCGAUCGUCGCCUGUUCAAGAAGAUGCUGCAGGACUACUUGGAAUACAUGUACCCUGUCGUCCCGAUUAUUCACCGUCCGUCGUUUCGGCGUCGCUUGGAAGAAGACCGUGAUUGUGACGACGCUGGCUUUCUCGGCCUUGAGAUCGCCAUGGCGGCGAAUAUCGUGGCGGCAAUGCCAAGUAGAUUUAAUGAAUACCGUUCUAACUAUCCUCCGUUGCGCUUCUGCACGCGCCGGGAGAUGGUCUGGGCUUGCUAUCAGAAGGCGAUGGGCCUUCGUACCCCCGACCAUUUUGAACAGAUCAAUUUCCAAAAGUUCGCAACCACUUAUCUCUUCUGUGCUGCGUUCAUGCAGCUGGGGGAGCAUAAUUGGUCUCGCAUGUUGCAGUCAGAGGCAAUGCAGUUGGCGCGGAUGUUGAAUCUUCACAAUAUAUCCGAGUACGUCGGUCUAAAUCACAUUGAGACACAGCUGCGAAAGAAGGGCUUUUGGUUAGUAUUUUACGCUUUUAUACAUGGACAACUGCAAAACAUGUUCGGAGAGCGAUUAUCAUAUCUGGACCCAUCCCAGCUGCUUUCGCUGAAUCCAGAAGAUCUCAUGCCCGUCGAAGUGGAGGACGAGCAGAUAUUCGAGAACGAGAUUCUGACCCCCUGCACUUCCAAUCCUUGUCUCGUUACUGGAUUUAAUCUCCACUCCCGAGUCUUUUGGGCUGCUGCUCGAAAUCCUCGGCUGAAAGAACCGCAAGAUGAGCCAUGCCCUUGUACCCGAGCUCGUGAUCCGGUAGUCGAAAUGAACUACAUAAGAGAUCAAUUACAUACUCUUAAAUUCCUCCUCGAUGACAUCCCCCCUCUUCUCCGGCCGUGGAUGCCAAUGGAUGGCGACAUACCCGCUGCUGUCGAUGCGGAUCGGGUUCGAUCGGAUUUUGCUACGAUGCGAGCAAAUUUGCAUGUCACUCAUCUGUGGGUCCAGAGUCUAUUACUCGACCGAUUAGAAGCGACACAGUCGCGACACCAUUCAAUACAGUCGGCGACAGCAGAUCUCGACCCGGUCGUCAUGGAUGCGCAGGCACUCUGGCGUGAACGCGAGGAGCUUUGUCGACAACUAUUUUUUGUUCUACACAGCUUGCCACAAGUGAACCUGGAGGCCAACGGGCUGCAUCUCGCUUACAAGGUGCGGGAUAUUGCCGCUAGCCUGCUUGCGUGUCCGUUUCAUCCCGACGCUCCCGAGUCGCAACGCGCCACGGAAUACCUCCAGCAUUCCAGCAACAUCUUGGCACGUCUGGACCGGAGCGAAAACAUGAAUACGAUACAUCUACAAUCCUGGAUCGACACAGAUCGAAUAACAGAUAGAAAUUGA